AUGGAAAGAGUCAACUACACACUGUUAACUGAGUUCAUCCUGAUGGGAAUUCCCUACCCACUCAGGCUAAAGACAUUCCUUUUUACAUUCUUUUUGCUAAUCUACAUCUUGACCCAGCUGGGGAACCUGCUAAUUCUGAUCACUGUCUGGGCAGACCCGCAACUCCAUGCCCGCCCCAUGUAUACCUUUCUUGGUGUCCUCUCCAUCAUUGACAUGGGCAUCUCCUGUAUCACUGUCCCUCGCUUCAUGAUGAACUUCAUUUUAGGCAUAAUACCCAUCCCAUUCAGUGGCUGUGUUGCUCAGCUGUAUUUCUAUCACUUUCUGGGCAGCACCCAGUGCUUCCUGUAUACCUUGAUGGCCUAUGACAGGUACCUGGCAAUAUGUUGGCCCCUGAACUACCCUGUGCUCAUGACUGCUAAACUGAGUACCUUGCUUGUGGCUGGGGCCUGGGUGGCUGGCUCCUUCCAUGGAGCUCUCCAGGCCAUUCUAACUUUCCGUCUGCCCUACUGUGGGCCCAACCAGGUAGAUUACUUCUUCUGUGACAUCCCCGCGGUCCUGAGGCUGGCCUGUGCUGAUACCACAGUCAAUGAGCUGGUGACCUUUGUGGACAUUGGAGUCGUGGUUGUCAGUUGCUUCUUCCUGAUCCUCCUCUCCUACAUUCAGAUCAUUCGGGCAAUCCUGAGAAUCCGUACAGCUGAUGGGCGGCGCAGGGCCUUCUCAACCUGUGGAGCCCAUGUAACUGUGGUCACUGUGUACUAUGUGCCCUGUGCCUUCAUCUACCUGAGGCCUGAAGCCAACAGCCCUCUGGAUGGAGCAGCUGCUCUAUUUCCCACAGCCAUCACUCCUUUCCUCAACCCCCUCAUCUACACUCUGAGGAACCAAGAGGUAAAGAUGGCCCUAAAGAGAAUGUUAGGAGGCCCAAGGACUAAAAGUGAGAUUUGA